CUGACUGAUUCACAUGAGCGACUUGCUAAAAAAUAAUCCAAUUUCUAGUGUGUGUUGUAAUACCUCAAUUUCGUACAAAAUUUAGACUUGUCACCGAUUCGUAAUUCAAAACGACUGGUGUUUUUUCUGAGUGAUUUCAUUAAGGGUUUUUCUAGGACAUCGUUACUCUGGCUAUUUAGUAGCUAUGGCACCUUCGUAAUUAUACAGAAUAGAUAGUGUGAUCAUGAAGAAUCAAAAUAAGAAAGAUUAUUUGACAUUAAAUAAUUGAUACCUUUCUGAAGGUACAAGGCUCCAGCUGUCUAUGCGUAUCGGAGUAUAAAGUUUUCAUACACAUUUGUAAUUGAACUGACAAUAUUUUUACCAUAUAUGUACAUUUCAACUGAUUACCUGUCUUUGGUGCAAUAUAAUUUUCGAUAAAGACCAAGAUGAAAUGCCACUACGAGGUACUAGGAGUUCCAAGAGAUGCGUCUGACGAUGAUUUGAAAAAAGCAUAUAGAAAACUUGCUUUAAAAUGGCAUCCUGAUAAGAACUUAGAGAACACGGAAGAUGCUAAAGAACAGUUUCAAUUCGUUCAACAAGCUUGGGAGGUCUUGAGUGACCCGCAUGAGCGAGCUUGGUAUGAUAAUCAUAGGGAAGCAAUUUUAAAAGGAGGCAUUGGAGAAGACUACAAAGAUGAUUCUCUUAAUUUGUUCCCAUAUUUCACGACCAGUUGCUAUAAAGGCUAUGGGGAUGAUGAAAAAGGAUUCUAUAUGGUCUAUAGAAAAGUCUUUGAACAAUUAGUAGCUGAAGAUUCAGAGUUUGCUCAUGGAGAAGAUUCGGAUAAGGAGAUACCAGAUUUUGGGGACUCCAGCAGCUCAUAUCAAGAUGUUGUCCAUGAGUUUUAUGCUUACUGGCAGAGUUAUAGUACAAAAAGAUCAUUCGCUUGGUUGGAUCCACAUGACAUUCGUGCUAUUCGAAACAGAAGAGUAUUAAGGUUAGUAGAAAAAGAAAAUAAAAAAGUCAGAGAUAAAGCAAGAAAAGAACGCAAUGAACAAGUUCGAAAUCUUGUGGCUUUUGUUCGGAAACGGGACAAGCGAGUGCAAGCACAUGCACAGGUCUUAGCGGAGAAGGCUAAAGAAAAUGCUAAAAAAGUACAGGAACGAACAAAACAACAGCGUCUCCAGCGUCGCCAAGAAAUGGAAAAUUACACAGAGUCAGAAUGGUCAAAAUUUUCAAACAUGGAAAAAGAUCUAAAAUUGAUCGAAGCAAAUCUUGCUGCUGAGUUUGGUGAAAAUGUAGCUUCAGAUGUAGAUUCUGAAGACGAUGACAAUUUGGACACUAGUGCUUUAUAUUGUGUUGCCUGCAACAAAAUAUUCAAGACACAAAAAGCAUUUUCAAAUCAUGAAAACUCUAAAAAGCAUAAAGAUAAUAUUUCAACUAUGAAAGCUUCUCUACUGGAUGAAGAUGAAGAGUUUGCAAGUAACAGCGAUGAGUACAAUUCAGAUUCAAAUUCAGAAUCUGAAAACAACAAAGCUUCGUCUUUGCAUCAGAAGCUGAAAGGUGUCAGACUUGCAACCGGUCCAGAAAUGCCAGACUUCUUAUUAAAUCCAAGUUCCAAUGUCAAUAGUAUUGAUCAAGAUAAUGAACAGCCAAGCACAUCUGAUGGGGAAAUGAUGUCAGAUUACGAGUCUAACUCUAAAAAGCAAAAAAACAGGAGAAAACAGUCGAAGGAUCCUUCCAUAAAAUUAGCUACUGGUCCAGAAAUGGAAGAUUUUCUUGAUACGACCACUAAUGUACCCAAUAGACAAGACCAGCAGGAUGAACUUACUUCGGAAGCAGAAUUAAUAUCGGACCAGGAAAGCUUGCGUGACAAUCUGCUCAACAAAUCCCGAAAAAACAAAAAAAAGAAAGGAAAAAAUGUUCAUAAAGUUGUUCUUGAACAGACUACUGACGAAGAACAAGAGUUUGAACCCCAUCUUGGGCUAUCAAAAAAACAGCGGAAAAAGCAAGACCAGAGAAAAGCUCUUACUGAAAAACUCAUCGGUGAUAACAAGCAGUCGAAUGAUAAUACUGCUGCUGGAACUCCACAAGAAGAUGCCGAUGAAACUGCUGAGCCCAUGAUCAACGAUAUCGCCGAAGCAAGUCAAAUAGUUUCUGAAAAUUCUGACUUGAAUUCGGAAGGAGAUUCAAAUGUGGCUAGUUCAACUCAAAGUAAUAAAAAAUCAAAAGGCAAGAAAGCUAAGGAAGCAAAGAGGAAUCAAACACAAGGCACUGGUGAAAGCAAACCAAAAGAAAAGAAAGGAAAAAAAAGUACUAUUGAUGACGUCCAAGAUUUUGCACAUUGUUGUGUGUCUUGCAAAGCAGAAUUCCCGACAAAAAAUAAGUUAUUUGACCAUUUGAAGAAAACUGGUCAUUCCGUGUACAUCCCAAAUUUAUCUAAGUCUAAAAAAAAUGUAGAAAAGGUAUCAAAAAGCAAAAAAAAUAGGACUAAAGACAGCGAUUAGGAUCUGUUGGAAAUUAGUUUUAUAAUUCAAUCAUUGCUUCGGACACAAAUCCGAAUAUGAGUAGGUCUCCAUCAUGUGGAAUGUAGCUUCGUGUUUUAUCACAUUUUCAAUUUGAAGUGCAUCAAAUCAUCUUACUUCAUCCUUUCAAGAGUGUCAAAUCCUCUCAAAUUUUGACAUAAGUUUACCUUACCACAGAUCACAGUAAUUUAUAAAUGACUUUGAAGUAGUAAGACCAUUUCCAUAGCUUCGUCUCUAUGAGGUGUCACGUUUGUAGCAAUCUUUCAACAAAAUAUUAUUCUUGUUAAAAAUGACAAUUUCGAAGUCUCUUGACUUUCUUUCACCUGUGAAAAUCAUUUCGUUGUAACUACUCACCAUGGAUAUCUUUGAAAAAAAAUUUAUUCGUAUGAGCCUUUAGAGACAAUGCCAAUUCGCAGCUACAUAAGCUUGUUUCUCCAUGUAUUGGUCAACUAAGUUGACCACUAGCAAUAACAAUAUGUUCUGCAAUAAAGACAAUGCAAAGUAAA